AUGAAUUCCACAUUCGGCCUUGAAAGUGGUUUCAUCAACAGCCAGCCGUCGCUCGCCGAGUGCCUGACAUCCCUUGAGCAGCGCGAUGCCUGUUUCCAGAGUGCCUCAAUCACCACCUCGACGCCGAUUCCUCCUCCCCCACCUCCGGGCCGGCCGGCGAGGGUCUCCGGAAGCCCACAGCCAUCGGCUAUGGCGCAGUACCCGUGGAUGAAGGAGAAAAGCAGCAAGAGGCACCGAGAGACUCCUGCAGGCUUCUCUCCGCCGCAAGCUCCAACGGAAUCGAUCACCGAGGGCGAUUGUCCCGCGGUGUCCUGCAGGAGGCUGAGGACGGCGUAUAACAACACGCAACUUCUGGAGCUGGAGAAGGAAUUCCACUUCAACAAGUACCUCUGCAGACCCAGGCGGCAGGAGAUAGCCUCCUCGUUGGAUUUAAGCGAUAAGCAGGUCAAAGUGUGGUUCCAGAACCGCAGGAUGAAGCACAAAAGGCAGACUCACUGCAAGGAAAACCGGAAGAGAGAAAGCAUACACGCCGAGGACUUUUUGGAAGAUGAAGAGGAGGCGCUCCUCGUUAAAGGGGAGAGGUAUUUCCAACCAAAUAUUUUCAAUUCGCAAUACUGUCCCAGCAGCCACAAUAGAGACCAUUAUUCGACUUUGUGCACAAGCCCGGACAAUGAUGCUUCUACCGUAAUGCACACUGAGCACUCCUUGUGCAUGGACGCCUCUUUGCGGGAACUUUCUUCCAUUUUGCCACACUGGACCAAUUCGGUCCAUAGUCCAUUUAUUACCUGA